CAUCGCCCAGCAUGUUCCGACUUCUUUUCUUCGUGUUGUUAAUAUUCUCGACCGUUUCGGCCGAAUCAUGUAUCAUUCAGGAUACGAAGGAAAAUCCGGACAUUCAGGUGAUCGAAUUGGACGACUCCAGCAAAGAUUCCAGCGAAUCAGAAAUCGUUGCUCUACACCUCCCAGACAGACGAAGAAGGGAAAUCAUCGAGGUAAAAAAUGAAGAAAGAAGCAACUUCUGCAAGAACGAUGAUAAUUGCGGUUCAGAAUUAAUCUGUUUAGCACAUCUGAUCUGCAUAAAAGGAACACGGCGGACAGUAGAUCCUCAGGAAACAGUCAAUAAAAAACGGACAAUGCAGUAAGGAAAUGAUGGUGACGUAACGGUGGCAAUUUCAUAUAUUAUUAACAGUAUACUGAUGAAACUUUUUGUGGAGUAAUCUCGCUGCCCUCGUCGAACAAUAAGUGUGUUUGCAUCAAUCCAAUGAUCGAUUUGCCAUCAUCACCAAUAUCCAGCGAAUAUCUGUUUGUUUAUCUAUAUUUCGCGCGCCAAUGAAAUUUUCCACUGUACAUCCAUCUAUUGUCAAUGCAUGAAUAUGACAUAAACCGAAAAUAUCGGACAUUUAAUGGCGACCCGGCCAUGGUCGCGGAUGCAUGUAGUAAAGCGGUUAAGUUACAUUUUACACGCGGAUUCGGAAUACCAGCGAAAGGGAUACGGCCGGUAUAAAAGCUCUCCGCCCCUUCUUCGCCUUAAAAAAAAAAA